UUUUAGGAAGAAUUCUAUAAUAUCUGAACUCAUGUCUUAUUUCUGCUUCAUUUUGGAAAACAAAGAUAACACCUGGAACACUAUUCAUUAUGUGAACUUUGAUUUUAUUAUCUCAAUAAUAGCUGCCUUUUAAGUGCUAAAACCAUGUGCUGUAAUUUUUGUAUGUUAUUUCUGCAAAAGAACUUUAUGGAGCAAUGGAUAAUACCCCUAUUUUAAAAUGAGCAUAUGGGCAUACAAAGCUCAUGUAGCUUGCUUAAGUCCUGACAGUUAAAAGUGUUAGGGCCAGGACAUAAAGCCAAGUAUCUCUGACUCUUAAAGCCUACUCCUUUCUCUUGUAUUUAAGACCCUGCUUUCUGGACCAGGAAGACUGGUCUUCUGCAAUUUCUUCUUUUGACAGAAACUGCAAGCAGGCCUCAGUCUACCAGGUUCACCCUCAAUGCCUGAAAAUGAUGCAUCUGUCCCACAUUGUUUGAUACUACCUGGUUCCCCAACCUUGUGGGAUGCUUCUAACAAGACUGACUAUACAAAAAUGAAUAAACUGUUCUUUCAUUAAGUUUGUAACAAUUCUGGAAGGAAAUACCCCCCAAAUACGAAGGAGGUCUAUGUUUGAGUUUCAACGUUUUCUAGUUUCUACAUUGGGAUUUUUCCUCUAAUACAGGUUUAUAACUUUAAGAUCAUGUUAAAACGAAUUUUAAAUAAAACUGAAGCUCUUUUCUCUAAAAUGAAUGAUGAUUCUGAAGAAAUUCAUCCACACGCUCUAAUUUAUGGAAAGAGGUGACCUGCAUGGACAAGAAGAUACAAGCUCUAGAAGCUCGUCUCCACUGUGAGUAUCUUCAUGGAGUAUACAGCCUGUUGCAUUUGCCUCUGUUUAGUUUAGAAGUACAAUGAGCUCCCUUCUCUUUACUCCUUGAUCACACAUAGAAAAUGCUAGUUAUUGGAGUGUUACAAAAUUUAUUUCAGUGCCCUGAACAACUAUCUGGACUUUACCACACCUUCCAUUCCUUAGAUUCUACGAUUCAUCCUUUCUGGCAGACACAAAAAAAAAAAAAAAUCUCCCCGCUCCACGUACACAAAAAAAAAUUUUUUUAGAGAAGGCCAACGCGCAUGCUCCAUACUCGAGCCCUCUGAGGCCUCAGCUGGUGGCUAAUGCGCCUGCGUGCGGGGAGACACCUCGCCCCGUCUGCGGGCGGGAAGCCACACGGAGAACCCGGAUGGAACCCCGGCGCGGCAGGGGUGGAGGUCGCUGUGGACGCUUCUGUCUCCCUGCACUCUGCAGGUUGCUGCUCGGGGACCGGACCUGAGGAGCCGUUUCCCUGACUGGUUCCGGCGCCCAGUGGCUGGACCCCAGCCCGAGCAGAGAGCGAAUUGGAGCCGGAGAGGGGCGCCCGAAAGAAGCCCGAGCAUCCCUUGGGCCUGCGCCCAGGCUCGGAGACGGGCGGGUGGAGACCGAGCGGAGGCUUCUUUCCUCGCCGCCGGCGCCCGUAGCUCACCCGGGCCGCUUCCCAAACGUGCCGUCCUUAAUAAUACACCAACAGGUCCUACCAGUUACGAGCUGCCUGUUCUUUAUAUGCAUGCUUAAUAAUUAAAGCUCCCAACAGCCCUCUAAGCAAAAUUCUGCAGCAUCUCUGGAAUACUACCUGAGAAUUUUGGGGUGCCAUGUCGAAGAAACGCAAAUGGGAUGAUGACUAUGUUCGUUACUGGUUCACCUGUACAACAGAGGUCGAUGGAACUCAGCGCCCACAAUGUGUAUUGUGUAACUCGAUAUUUUCAAAUGCUGACCUCAGACCAUCAAAAUUGUCUGACCAUUUUAACAGACAGCAUGGUGGUGUAGGUGGGCAUGAUCUCAGUAGCCUGAAGCACGUGCCAACACCAUCUGAUCAGAGUGAAACCUUGAAAGCAUUUGGAGUUGCGUCUCACGAGGAUGCCUUAUUACAAGCAUCCUAUCAGUUUGCAUAUUUAUGCGCCAAGGAGAAGAAUCCUCAUACAAUAGCUGAGAAAUUAGUGAAACCUUGUGCAUUGGAAAUAGCACAAAUAGUUCUGGGACCAGAUGCACAAAAGAAGCUUCAACAGGUACCCUUAUCAGAUGAUGUGAUCCAUUCUAGAAUUGAUGAAAUGAGCCAGGAUAUCUUACAGCAAGUUCUAGAAGACAUCAAAGCCACUCCUCUGAAAGUGGGUAUUCAGCUUGCUGAGACAACGGACAUGGGUGACUGCAGUCAGCUAAUGGCAUUUGUACGAUACAUAAAAGAAAGAGAGAUCAUAGAAGAAUUUCUAUUCUGUGAACCAUUGCAAUUAACAAUGAAAGGAAAAGAUGUGUUCAGUCUCUUCAGAGACUUCUUUCUGAAGCAUAAGAUAGCACUUGAUGUAUGUGGCUCUGUUUGCACUGACGGUGCGUCUUCUAUGCUAGGAGAAAAUUCAGAAUUUGUUGCCUGCGUGAAAAAAGAGGCGCCUCAUAUCGUGAUCACACAUUGUUUGUUGAAUCCUCACGAACUUGUCACAAAGACCUUACCUACAAAACUGAGAGAUGCUUUGUUUACUGUGGUGAGGGUAAUAAAUUUCAUCAAAGGACGAGCUCCAAAUCAUCGCCUCUUUCAGGCUUUUUUUGAAGAAAUUGGAAUCGAGUAUAGUGUCCUCCUUUUCCAUACUGAAAUGAGGUGGCUUUCCCGAGGUCAAAUACUUACCCAUAUUUUUGAAAUGUAUGAAGAAAUAAAUCAGUUUCUUCACCACCAAAGCAGUAAUUUAGUUGAUGGCUUUGAAAAUAAAGAGUUUAAAUUUCACUUAGCAUACCUUGCAGAUUUAUUCAAACACCUGAAUGAACUUAGUGCAUCUAUGCAAAGGACUGGCAUGAACACAGUAUCAGCUAGAGAAAAGUUAUCUGCUUUUGUUAGGAAGUUUCCAUUUUGGCUAAAGCGAAUUGAGAAAAGAAAUUUUACCAACUUUCCUUUUCUGGAAGAAAUCAUUGUUUCAGAUCAUGAAGCAGCAAGCAUUGCAGCCGAAAUAACACAGCACCUGCAACAGGUGAGCAACUUCUUCCAUGGAUAUUUCUCUGUUGGAGAUCUUGCUGAGGCAAGUAAAUGGAUACUGGAUCCGUUUCUUUUUAAUCUGGAUUUUGUCGAUGAUGGUUAUUUGAUGAAAACGGAUCUUGCUGAAUUACGAGCUAGUGGCCAAAUCCUAAUGGAAUUUGAGACAAUGAAGCUGGAGGAUUUCUGGUGUGCUCAAUUCACAGUGUUUCCAAGCCUGGCAAAGACAGCUCUAGAAAUCCUUAUACCAUUUGCAACUACAUACCUUUGUGAGUUGGGAUUUUCAUCACUUUUACAUUUUAAAACAAAGUCCAGAAGCUGCUUUAAUAUGAGUGAUGACAUCCGUGUGGCUAUUUCAAAAAAAGUUCCUCGUUUCUCAGACAUCAUUGAACAAAAGCUACAGCUACAGCAGAAGUCACUGUGAGCUGAUACAUUUUUAACGUAUAAGUUUUAGUAUAUUCUUAAUGUCAUUGUAAAAUUAAGCUAUAAUUGUGUCUCUUUUAUAUUUAUGGUAUACCAAAUCCCAAGAAAAAGUUUAGCACAUGUAACUUAAUUUUCACAUGAGGCAUGUGAAAAUACAUUUCGAGAAUAAGAACACAGGCAGCAGAAAAGACUAAGUACCGCCUAGUGGAUACGUAGAGUUCUUCUAAGUAUCUGUUGGACCUGUUGAUGUGAUACAUUAAAAAACACAAGUGCUAGAAUAUCCAGCUAAGUGGUACAAUAGGGUAGGAACGGAGCCCAGAGAAAAGAGAAGAUCUCCCAGAACGUAGAUCUUCAUGUUAAAAGUAAAAGUUGAAGGACAAAAUGAUAGACUGAGUUGCCGCAUCUCUGUGAGCGUUGUUAUGGGGAGGUUAAUGGGAUCAGAAGAGGAUUAUGAAAUGUUACAGUGGGAAAAGGGAUGAUUUUAGUUAUAUAAGAUGUACUUUUAAAUGUAUUCUUUGGAAUUAGUCUUACAGUGUCCAUUCCUCUAGCUCCCAUGCUCUAAAUACCAUGACAUUAAUAAAUGUCCUAAUAUACUAUUAGUCACUCUUUGUCCUUUUUACAGCAGGACUCCAAGUCAUUGAGGCUGCUAAAAGGAGGAUCCCAGAGCCUCACUCUAGAGAUUCUGAUUUAGCGGUCUGGGAUAAGCUCAAGGGCCUUCAUUCUUAACCAGCUUCCAGAUGGUUCUGAUGGAUUCUUUGGGCCUCUGGUCUCAUCUUAUUUUCCCUUUAUCCCAGUUUUCUCACUUAUUUUACAUCUUAAGCUAUGUGUAUUCUCCUAACGUAGUUCAAAACUUUUGAAUGGAUCAAAUAUAAAUAAUAAGUAAAUUGAUGUGAAGUCACUGUAGUAAUUCAGGGCCAUCAAAAAAUUUCCUGUGGGAAUUUAAAUUAAUAUACUUUUUUUGGAUAAUAACUUGGUAAAAUAUAUUUUUAAAUUUUAAUAAAUUUAAAUUUUAAUUUCAAAACUUUAAUGACUUAUCAAAGUAGUAUGCUAAGGGGUGCCUGGGUGGCUCAGUCAUUCGUUAAGCGUCUGCCUUUGGCCCAGGGCGUGAUCCUGGGGUCCUGGGAUCGAGUCCCACAUCAGGCUCCUCCGCUGGGAGCCUGCUUCUUCCUCUCCCACUCCCCCUGCUUGUGUUCCUUCUCUCACUGGCUGCCUCUCUCUGUCAAAUAAAUAAAUAAAAUCUUAAAAAAAAAAAAAAAACAAAGCAAAACAAAGUAGUAUGCUAAAAAGUGAGUCCUAUAAUGAAAAGCCACAGUCCCUUUCCUGCCCAAUUACUUAACCAUUUCUGCUUAACAUUUUGUGGUUCCACCCUUAUCUCUAAGUAAUGUGUUUAUACCAAACACAUAUGCCAGUUUUGUUUUUUGUUUUGUUUUUUGGCUUUUUUAUUAAGUAAACUCAAUCCUCAACAUGGGGCUCGAACUCACAAUCCUGAGACCAAAGGUCGUGUCCUCCACCAACUAAGUCAGCCAGGCGCCCCCACAUAUGCCGGUUCUGAUUUAUCAGCUUUAGAAGUUAUAUACUGACUCCUCUAAAUGAUAGGUAAAAUAUUGAAUUUAUAAAAUGUUCAUCUCUCCUACUAUUCCCAAUUUUUUAUUAUUGUAGCAUUAAUUUUAGUUCUUUGUUGAUUAUUCAUAGCCCUUUGAUUGGGGAUUUUUUCCCCUCUAGGAAUUUACCUCCUGGAAAGAAUCAGGGAUAUCCACAAAGUUUUAUUUUUAAAGCAGGCAUUUACAGCAUUUUUAUAAUAGUGAAAAAUUGGAGAAAAAAGACUGAAGGGGAAUGGAAUCUAACAGGUGCCACCUGAGUACAGCAAAUUGAAGUUUAUAUUUUCUAACAAAACUGAACUUGAUCACCAUCCAUCAGAAUACUUUUAUCAAUGAAUGUAAAUACAUGGCUUUUGUCUAAAAAUGUAGUUACAAAAUAUAAGUCCUAAUUUUUUCUAGUAUAAUCUAACAUCAAAAGCAGUGGGAAGAAUUUCCAAAGCUAAUAUAGGAAUAAAUCUGGAAGAGUAUGUAUACAAAGUUUCGUAUGUGUGUGUAUCUAGACAUAGGAAGGAAGAAGGAUGGGAGCCAUGUAUGCAUGUAUGAAGCAUGGAAACUAACAAUACAAAAAAGCAGGACUAGGAUGCAGUGCCAGGAGCAAAUGACCUUUGAUGGCCAGUCUUUCAUUAAGUCCAUUAGUAUUCUCCCUUAAACUAAAUUCAUUAAUUUCUGCUAUGAAACAAAAACCCAAAGGAUAUUUUAAAGGGGACAGCUGAGUUUUUAAUUCAUUUUCAAAUACUACAACAGUUUAUUUUCCCUGAUCAAAUUAAAGAAGACUGCCAUGUCUGCUAAAAUGAAGAAGAAACUUAGAUUAUUUUUUAGUUUAAUAAAACUUCUCACAGUGGUGCAUUCAUUGGCACUUACAAGUCAUGUGUUGGUUUCUUUUUCUCCCAAGAAAGAGGUAAUUGUCUUAUAUUUUUACGAACAAUUAAGGUCACUGGUCAAUUGCAAAGAAGAAUCAGGAGAAAGACAUAAUCUUUAUGACCAGCAGAUGUCACUCUCUAUGCAUGAUUGGUUGAAAGUAAAUUUAACCACGUAGAUUUCGCCAAAUACCUGAUUUUAAACAUCCCUAGAGAAAGGAACACAACAUCAAAAACUAAUGAAGUACUGUAUAGUGACUAACAUAACAUAAUAAAAAGAAAGAAAGAAAAAGGAUUUGUAGCUCAAAUUAAAAAUGCCCCACGUGAAGGGCGCCUAGAUGGCUCGGUUGGUUGAGUUGUAGCUCUUGAUUUUAGCUUAGGUCAUGACCUCGGGGUCCUGGGAUCCUGCCCCACGUGGGGCUGUGCGCUCGCAGGGAAUCUGCUUGAGAUUUCUCCAUCUCCCCAUUUUUGUGCUAUCUCUCUCAAAUUUUUUUUUUUUUUAAUGCCCCACCUGAGCCUCUGGUGGCUCAAAAUUGGCAAACAGAACUGUGGUGGAGCAUUGGGAAACGACGGUGGGAAAGAGAAAAUAUGAAUAGCUUUUUCUCUAAAACUGACUUGAGCAUGUGGAUCUUUGACAUCUCAACUUCCUAACACCAAAGGCUACUUGAAGUGGGUGGAUAGGUCAGCACAUGCUCUUUUGCUAUUCCAUGACAGCUACUAAGGCUGGCAGAAGUACCAAUGGCAAAGCCAUACCCAGGUAAUGGGUCUUUUCCAGUGAGAGUAAAUUGCUGUCCUUUCCAUGACAGAAGGGAUCUAAUGUAAGUAACCUGCCACUAAGUGCCCAUAUCAGGGCUCAGUAUUGGUCUCUGGUCUCUGCUGUUGGCAGGUCAGCCACUCAGUAGGUCAGUCUUGGUGAGGGGAAGUCCAUGUUGCUGAGCCUGUGUACAAGCCUACAUCCUUGCCAACAUGGCCACUCUCGUACAUGGGCCCACUGAGCAAUCAUUAGGAUGAUGGUUUUCCAGGGCUGACUAAUCGCUAUAAAGUACGUCAUCUUGUCCUGAUCAUUGAGAGCCUCCUCUGUCUUAAUUUAGCUUCAGCAAACCCUUUGAGGAGUCCUCAAGCCAAGGUCAGCUAUCACAAGAGACCCGUAUAUACUUUAAUAUUUCUGCUACUCUCAGUCAUUUGCUGGAAGCAGCCCAUGGGAAGCAUGAAUCAGCACAGGUGUGAUGAAUUUCAGAGUGCAACAGCUGGGGCUCAUGGUUAAUUAUGUUCCCUAUAGUUGCAUGUCUACAAAGUACAUUCUUAGGGAUGUACAGUGUCCUUUGGUGAAUAUUCGCCUGGAGCAUAAUAAUCUUCAAUUCUCUGCCUAUUCUGAGAGGUCCAUCUAUAUGCCGUGCCCCCAGACCUUGUCACUUGUCUUAUAAAUCUGUUCUUCACAAGUCCUGAACAAUCAUCAAGCCAUUAGCAACUGCCCUUGAAUACUAGAGUUUCGAUCCAUAGUACUGGGUAGUGCUCAGUUCAGAUAUUGCAGACAAGCAAUUGUACUGCUCAGAAUUCUCCUUAGGAAGAUUUCCCUUCAUCAGGAUCUUUCAGAGACAUACUGAUUGAGGUUGUAAUGCUGCAGCAGAUUUUGCAGCUCCCAGCUGGCACUAGCCUAUUAGGCAAAAUAAAUGUAAACCAGACCUAAAUUUCUUGCUAGUCAGCUGGUUAUAAGUAACUCCUCAUGCAGCCAAAAUUAAAGACUGGGAAAAGGAAGCCUUGUAACAGGAGUGGGUGUCAAAGGAUUUGAGCCACCUACUCAGGCAACUUGCUUAUGUGUUCUAGACCUGCUUGAUCUCUCCCUUGUAUACCACUUCUACUUGAUGUGGUGCUGCUGUGCACAUUCUAGUUCAUGGCUUGCAGAAUCACUCAGCACCCAGUGCCACAGAGCUGUUUCUAAAAGGAAAAUCAGUUAACUUCAAAAGAGGAUAUGGAUUUGCUCCCAAACUGGCUACUACCUUCGUAUCAGAUCUGAUCUGCAUGUUCUCCGUGAAGUGAACCAGUGUGAUGGACUGUUGUUAGACGUCAAGAUGAUCACGAUCUCUGCAGAUUAUAACAGACAGGAGGUUGAUGUAGCCCUAAGAGAAAACUAUAUGCUUGGAUUCUCCUAUUGGCAUUUGCCAGAGGCUCCAUACAGAAUCCUCAUUUGCCACAUUUAACAUCAUUGGAUCUGCUGGUCUUAAGUUUCAGGUGGCAGAGUAGCUAGCCCUACACUUGCUACAGAGCCUUUUCCACUCCACUCAAAACUAGCAGUGUUAUAGUAAAUGGGUCAGAGUGAUACACUCAAAUGUGGUAUAUGCUGCCUCCAAAAACCAAAAAGACCCACAAGCAUCAAGCCUCUGUUGCAGUGGGAAAUGAUACAAGGUACAGGAGCUUAUAUUUCACCUGGAAAGAACUGCAACAUGCUUCAGACCACUAGUACAUUAGAAAUUUCACCAAGGUGCAUGAGUCCCUGGAUUUAUAAUCUGGGUAUGAUAGCUGGCUUAGGUCUGGAAACUGGAGGAGAGGUUAUGACUCUCUCUGUAGUGACUUUAGUCAGACUUCUAAGCACGAGACCUAGAGUCUUUCCUAUCAUGUUGAUCAAGUUAUAUUUAGUAGACUUCCCAUCUACUUCAUUCCUAGGUCCACUGUACCAACUAGCUACUGUAUUAGGGUUCACCAGAGAAACAGAACCAGAGAUUUAGUAUAAGGAACUGACUCACAUAAUUAUGGAAGCUUAGCAAGUCCAAAAUCUGCAGGCUGUGCCAGUAGGCCAGACAGGCAGGAAAGUAGAUCCAGUCUGAAGACAGUCUGCUAGAGAUUCCCCUCUUGCUUGGGAAGUUUAGUCUUUUUCUUCUAUUCAGACCUUCAACUAAUUGGAUGAGACCCACUCACAUUUUGGAGAGCAAUGUGCUUUACUCAAAAUUCACCAAUUUGAGGGGCGCCUGGGUGGCACAGCGGUUAAGCGUCUGCCUUCAGCUCAGGGCGUGAUCCCAGCGUUAUGGGAUCGAGCCCCACAUCAGGCUCCUCUACUAUGAGCCUGCU